AUGAAAGAAAUACUUACAUCUUAUGGCGAUUUUAAAGCAGAUUACGUUUGUAUAUCUAUCACGAAUAUCAAUAGUUUUCCAAAAGCCUCGCUUGCGAAGACUGGCCCUAAAUUAAUUAUGCUAAUGUCAACAAACGGCGCGAAAUAAUUAGAUUAAUUAUAGUACCGUCCGUAACACCAAGUUUCUGGAUAAUUCCAGGGUAAUAACACAGGAGCAGCGUGAGUGGUGGCACCGCUGGUUUUCGAAUGCAUAAAAGGUCUACGGACCUGCGCCACCUAAACCUAAUACAUGGUUACUGAAUGACUUGAAGCAGAAGAAAGCCAACUGCAUCAUCACCAAUGACCAGGAGACAAGAGAUGAAGAAGACGGAAACGAAAUUCCAUCAGGUGUUCCUGACGAUGUGCCAAAGAUUGUGGCAGCUCAAUGUGGGGAAAUUCCAGAG